AAGGAGAUAGCGGUAAUUUAUAGUGAAAGGCUGCGGGUCACAGAACUGCGCAGGAUAUCUGUCUGACAAAACAUCCUGUCUGCCUAUGACGCUAUGGUGCUACACAUCGCUAAUCGGCAUAAAUAGCCAAACACAGGAAACACAAGCGAACGUGUCUUCGGUGACUUGCACGCAUUGCGAUUAAGUAAAUCGGUGGUGUCGUGGGUGGGGCAGUUCUGCUGACUAGCAAUAUGAAUCUCGAGCAGGCGCAAGAUAAAUUUGAUCAGCUCCUCGACCAAAUCGAUCCUGCAAACUCGGCAGAGUUCAUACUUUGGAUACAGAGGAGAUACCUGACGGCAAACUGUGCAGGCCACCAGGUGGCCGAAGCUCAUCACAAGCUGAGCCAAAUCUCCGAGUACCUCAGGACCGUUGUACCAGGAAAUGCAGUUCUUCCUUCUGAAAGCAUAAUUGUGCCAAAAAAGGGAGAGAAUGCAGACUGUGACCCUGCAACGACUGUACACGUUGAUGCAUUCCUUUAUGAUGACCGAGCCAUUGAUGAGUUGGUUGAAGAAGGAAAACUCAGCCGGAACUACUGUAAAGCUUGUGGUUCUCAUGAGACAGCACCCCUCACGUUCAUUUCGCACUCUGCCUCAGCUCGCAGAGCAGCAUUCAUUUUCAGAGAGAUCUUGCCUUACUUGAAAGACAAAUCCGUACUUGAUGUGGGCUCCAGGCUGGGUGUCAUGCUCUAUGCUGCCCAUGCAUUUACACCAGCUAAUCCAAUUAUUGGUGUUGAGAUGAAUCCUGACCUGUGCCAAAUUCAAGAAGCUGCCGUCAAGCAUUUUCACAUGGAAGACAGAAUCAAGGUCAUCAAUGCGAACGUCAUCACGGUACCUGAGCUCGUCUCCAGCUCCGAUGUUGUGAUCCUCAACAAUGUGUUUGAGUUCUUUACACCCGAGCCAGAACAGGUGGCCCUGUGGCAAUUUCUGAGGCGUACCAUCAAGAAGGGGGCCAUUCUUGUCACCGUUCCCAGCCUUGAGGACUCGCUCAAGAAUCUCCAGACUGGAAUAGUCAUAUCGGAGUGGGUCAAACAGCGUUACGUCACCGAUCCCCUGGCCUACAGCUAUGUCAUGGAUCACGAGGAGCUGUCUGAACUCUGCAGCUACGACGUUCUGUGAUGCACUUACUGUGUCUUUCUGACAGUGGUUACUCGGUGAAGUCUUGCGUAGCUUUUUAUCAGUCUGUUAGAUGCAUUUGAAAUUAAACUCCGUUUUGCAUUGCACCAGUUGGCUCAUAGCUGCAAAACUGCGAUUCCCACAGAAUCAGGAGCACCGAAAACUUGUAGUGAGACUGCUCCUGGCACUGUAUUGUGCAGUUACAUUCCCCUUUGUGCUACAUUAUUUGUUUUCAAUGAAACUUCAUAGUUGUUUCCUCAAUGGGCUGAGUGACAUUUGCUGUUUCAUUCAGUAACGGUAGCCUGCUUAAUUCUAUUGUGCAGUCUGUUUCUGUGACACUCCUAUGCAAUUUGUUUCUGUGACACCCACUCUCACUCCUUGUAUUUUAGUGGAGGCCGAGAGGACUUGGUUGUGAAAUUCUUGCUCAGGAAUCAUCAAGGAAUGUCACUGAAGCGCAGUAGAGACCCGCCAUGGUGGCAUAGCAACUAUGGCGUUGCACUGUUGAGCACGAGGUCGCAGGAUUAAAUCCCGGCCGCAGCUGUUGCACUUCAGUGAGGGCAAAAUUCAAAAAGGCCCAUGUCCCAUGCAGUGGGGGCACAUUAAAGAUCCCCAGGUGGUCAAAAUUAAUUUGAAGUCUCCCCGCUACGGUGUGCCUCAUAAUCAGACAGUGGGUUUGGCAUGUAAAACCCCAGAAUUUAAUGUUUUAUUUAAAUGAAGCACAGCGACCGCUUCGGCUGCCAUCCACCUAAUUCCGUCACGGUAAAGUGUUGUGUAGAGUAACACGCUAGCAUACUGAAAGACAUAUCUACCGCAAAAAGAGCACACACAAAAAACAGUGUAUCCCACGCCCUGUGGGAAUCGAUGUCAUGCAAAGCAGUGUGUGGGGAGCCUACCAAGUUAACGAAAUGAUCAUGAGAGCACCAAGACUUAGGCAGCUGUUUCAUGACCUGACACGUAUGUCAUGACAUUCAUGCCGUGACCUAUCAUUUAUGUUCGUCAUAUACUCCUGCUAUACUAUGCCAAUUUUGGUACAUACCAGGACGUAGGCGGCUGUUUCAUGACCUUUAUGACACGCACGUCGUGACCUAUCAUUUAUGUUCGUCAUGCACACUUGUCAUACUAUGGCAAUUUCAGUACAUACCAAGUUAACGAAACCACCAUGAGAGCACCACGAUGUAGGUGGCUAGAUAAGUACACUUAAGGUGGCAAAUGUUCGCCAAGAAAUCCUUCGCACUUAAAAGGUGGCAUGUUGAUGAUGCACUGGCUGCCUUGGUUUCAUCAAUGUGUCUUCCUUAUCUCUUGUGUACUCUUUUUGCGGCAAAUAUGUCUUUCAGCAAGUACCAUCUAGGCCAAGGAUCAGCUAUCUUGUGCUAGAAUACGGGGGUAAAUCUCUCUUUCCUCCGAGGUGCGCAAUGAAAAAUAUUGUAGCAUGCACACCCUUUGUUGAACUUAGACCAUGACUGCACUGGAAAAUGAAGUGGUCCAAACACUGUGUACGAGGUGACCAACAAGCCUAGCAGUGAUGUAAACCUGUGAAUUAUGUUUUCUAGUCUCUUUUUGUGUUGCUGACUCAGAGAGAACAAAACUUGCAUACAGAUAGUGCCUCAAUUGCAUGAGAUUAUUACUCUUCAGUAAAGUGGUAUUUUCGAUACUGCGCGUAUGUGGGGACUAGACGUUGUUCUUACCUUUUGCACACUUCACGGCUGUUUGCAUAAGAAUUCUUUUAUAUACGAGUUGAUGUGAGUCGCAACAGAACACAGACCUAACAAAUUAUCAAUUAUAACAAAGUAAAUCUAAAAUGUUUAUUGUUGGUAUGGGCAUGUAAUGAAUAUAUGUUGUUAUGAAUGUUGGUUAUAACAAAGCUAUUUUGUAUUAGAUGAGACUUCAUUACGUGGUUCGACUGUAAUAUGUACACUGUGAAUCCUCCUGUGUUCACUGUGCUGUUGUAUUCUUUCCCACUGUUGCAAAACCUUUUUAAAUUUGAUCAUCUGAAAAAGCAAAAGAGAAAAACUGGGCUGAAAUUUAUGAGUGCAUUGUUUGGCAGCACUUGAUAAUUGACCUGAAGCAAAUUUUUUAAUUGUCAAGCCACGGCUGACAAGUUACCGUAAAGCACUAAUGGAUUGGAAGAAAGCAUCAGUGCUUACUGAAUAGUGUACCAGUUUCAUUAAGUUUGUUGUGCAUGGAUUAACCAUCUUCUCACAAUAUAAAUAUAAAUGGGUCAGAGUUGUUUUUCUUAAAGCUGGCUGGUGAAGACCUCUUUGCAACCACACUUGAAGUAGGGACGAGCAUAUUGUGUGAUUUUCUAUUGGUGGCUUUGAAAAAUUAACAUCUAGAAACUUAGAGAAGAAAGUUGCAGCAGUUUUAUUAGUCAAGUAUGCUUUUACGCUCCUGUCCUGCCGACCUUCUUUUCCUUGUCUCUCGUUCUAGGUGCCCUUUCUAAAGUGAACCAACUCGCCCAGUUCGCAACUAUUCUCAUGUUUUCAUUCCAUGCACAUUCCAAAGUAAUUGCAGUACUCGUGACUACUGAAAGUACUAUAUGGCCAACUCUGCUCAGGGGCAAUCUUGUAUGUUUUUUCUUAGCUUACAAUAUAUUUUCGACACAUGCUGAGUGUACUCAAAUGGCUGUCACCACAAAAAUAAGUUAGCCAUGUUAACUUUAAAUGAAGACUGUCUUUACAAAGAGAGCAUGUGCUAUGUUCAGGAUCAGCAAUACAGACAUCUGAAAAUUGACCUGACUUAGAUUUUAUCCAGCUAUCUUCAUGAGCCCUAUCAUCUGUGCCAGCACAUUGUCGCCAGAAAGGCAGCAUUCGCAUCUGUGUUAAUUUUUCAAUGCUCUCAUACCACUAGCAAAUUAUUCAGAGUAGGUACCAGCAGUGUCAUGACACUGCCCCUUAUUAUUAUGAGCUGUAGCAGUUCAUGAAGUUGCCUCAAGACUUCUUCAGUCACUUAUCUUUCCACUUACAAAUUUCUGUUACUCCUGUAUACUGCAAGAACUGCAACCUUAGCUCAAAGGGGCCCUGAACCACAUUUUAUCGAAGUGGAGAAAGGCAUUUGAAGUGAAAAUAGGCUAUAUCAAAUACUUUGCCACAAAAAUUACUUCAAUGCGUUCAGCAGAAGCAGAGUUAUUGGCAAUCAAACACAGCCUCCACUGUGCUCCUGUUCCUUCUUCAAUGCCUUGCACUACGAAGGCUAAAGCGUAGAGGGGCAUUCCCACAACGCUCCACCUUAUAAAUGUCACCGUGGCGCACAGUUCAAAUUUCAUUUUUGAUGUUAAUGUAGACGCCACGACUUCUGCCUUUGGUGGCUACGACACGCUAAGCAUAAGCCAAAUGCGGUUGUCCUCAGCGAUCCACAGUGCCUUUAGACAGUGGACUCAUGGCGGCACCCUGUGGCGGCCACAGCAUCUACGCCAUGGAGCUGAGUGCAGCUUGAUGUCAACUACCGGCCAAUAGCAUCCGUCUAACACGAUGACAAAAUAGUGCAUCUAGAAGAGAAUGAGCACAGGGCCUUCUGUUGAAAAGAGAGCGUUUGAGAGAAAAGUGACUUCGCACUCUGCUUGCAAGCUCCACUUACCGCAUAUGACAGCAAAAUUUGGCUGAGAUGUUCACAGCAGCGUAUGCUACCUGCAGACUACGUUAUUUCACCAAGCCCGAGGAGUGGUUCAGGGCCCCUUUAACAAACUUCACAGGCCAGUCUCAAAACCUUGACUGUAAUAUGUCUUCGCAAUGCAAAAAAGAUUAGGGAGUGUCAUGCACAAGUGUUCAGCUUCACUGUAAAGGUUUGCUUUAACUAAAAGGCACAAAUGAUGCUAACCACAUAACCAUGCUUUCCCUUCACUAUAUUAUCAACCAAGCUUUCUCACUUUGUUCAACAUAUUCUAGGGUUUUUUCUUUGCCACACUUCACUUAAUAGGGACAGACACUGAUGAAGAGAUUGUCUAUCUUAGCGUAUAAAACGAGCCAUGUCUUUCUAAUUAAACUUAGAUUUAUAUUUUUAAUUAUUCUCUAAAAGUCGAAAAAAAUGACCUUUGGCACCCCAUGUGGUAAUAACAUGAAGAUGUAUAAGAGGCCUAUCAUGUGACCUUCUAUUAGUGUAAGCAGUUCCUAGUCUUUUUAUAGUAUUGAAAUGCAGUACACUUUUUUCUGUUAUAAAUUUUUUUCCCAUUUACAAUGUGCAAAUAGGCCUUUGUUUGUAGUGAGUAGAAAAGUGGCACUGCCUUUGCCUUCAUUUUCAAUGAGUUGGCUUGGCUCGUCUAUUGACAGAACGACAACAGCGUCCAGCCAGCCAUGAUGUAGGCAUAUACGUGGGGAAAAACGCUAUGCAAAUAUAAGAAAGGUCUGUACAGCAACACAAACUUAUUGUAUCAGCUUCUUUAUUUUCGAAAGUGGUUGAAAAGGUUGAAAUUUAGGCGGUUACCAGAGUUACACUCGCUCCUGUGAAAGCAGAAAGCUGGUAUGCUUUCACAAUUUGCGAGGCGGGCUAUCGCCAUCGCUCUCACUUCUCAGCGUUGCUGGAGGAAACUCUUACUGUUUUAGAGGCUGCUCAGAUGGAAAAAUUUUGCUGGCAAAACAUCCACACGCUUUUGGAAGUAAUCGCUGCAGGUGUAAACAUUACCAAGUUUGACAUUUGCAUUGCACCAUAAAAAACUAAGUCCUUAAAGAUCGGUUGUCAGUCCCUUUAAGAAAAAUUGUGCAACAGCUUCUGCAAGCUCUGAGAUAUAUUGCAACAUCUCUUCUACAGCAAACCACAUUGAACAUCAAAUGUCCGAUUUGUAGUUUUAACUGGUGUAUGAAGCUAUUCUGUAAAAUAUAACCGAUGUGUGGUGUUAACUUUAGCUCUGACAUUAGUCAAGCCUUUCAGCAAGCAUGCCCAGUAUGCCCAGUGUUUUCAUUAUGUCAAAGUGCAUGUACAAAUAGGGAAAACAUGAAAGGGAACACUCUACUUGUGUACAAGACCAUUAUCUCUCUCCUGAAAUCCAUAAAUUAUGAAGAUUCUUUGACAGCAUAGGUACUUGGUGUUGGCAAGUGAAGAGGUGUGAAGACAAAGCCCUACAGCAAUGAUUGUUUCAGUGCUGCUGAAGUGUUCCCUUUCACAGUCACACCUGGCAACUGAAUUUCUUUGCAAGCUGGAGCACGCAGCAUUACUGCCAUUGACUCUUACUGCUGUGCUUUCAUUUCAAUAAUGUUCCCAUUCAAAAUAUUGCCAGCAGGUUCAUGGGCUAAAGGACCUAUGUAAAGGGAAUGCAAAUCGCUGAACUGUGAGCUGCCCUGCUGUAGGCACAGGUACUAUGUACUACCAUGGACAAAUGACGCACAAACAGGAAACUAAAAUAGACCACUUCUUACAAGUGCUAACACGAGUGUGAUCUCGUGCUGUUAUUAUCCUGUCGCCAAAAAUAGUAGGAGGUUCAUACUAAGACUACAUUCUGAAAUCAUGACAGUGCAAUGCAAAGUGAUGAAAUGCAGAAAUUAAAUAGUGUGUUCCAGUCAGGCAAUUGUGUUCACGUCUUCUUUGUCCGUGACAGCAAUAUGCUGUUAUCUCUUUGGAUGCGUGCUUUGUCUUGCAGCUAUUGUGGUCCAUAAACUUUUCUGGCAACUGUGCAUGUUGUGUAGCAUGAAGGGUGUCUACUUCAAUUUUAAGAUGCUGUGCCAUCAUUUGCCUUUUUCUAGUGCCUUUUAUCUUAAUGCGCCAUUGCAGCAUAACACGGCAUAGCUAUCCAAGUUUAGCAAUGUGAUAUUGCAUGCAUUGUCUAGAAAAUAGUCGGCAAGCACUAGUGGAAUAAUGUGCUGGCGUGCUGGUGCAAUCUGUUUUAUGUUGUUGACUUUGUCAUAUUUAUCCUCGCAUAUAAACAAACGUACUGUCUGUGUCAAGAGGAGCUAAUAAACUGGAUGUGUUGAAUUUGCUAGA